CCGGUUUUUUUUGUUUUUAACCGAGAAUCCCCAAAUUCUAAUUUUAAUCCAACCAUCUAACCCUAACUACCUAAACUAAAUCGCAAAACACCAAAACUUCUUUACUCCUCCCUGAAAUAGCAAAUUCGCAAUCGCAAUCACCAUUCAUCGCCGCCGUCGCCGAUCCUCAGCAUCUGUCACCGCCGGAUCGCGGUCUGUCUCUGUCGGAGAUCGAGACCUCCUGUCGACUUCUCAGUUAAAGCACAAGUAAAGAACAGUGAAAGAAAAAAGAGUGAAGUUUCAAAGCAAAGUUUAGGGAGAUAGGGAAGGCAUUGAGAUGUCGAGCUUCCAUGUAGGAGGGAAGGUGGUGGACAAAGUUGACUUGUUGAGGAAGAAGCAUGGAUUUUGGCGAUUGGAUGUUUGGCCUUUUGCUAUCCUCUACGCUGUGUGGCUGACUACUAUUGUUCCUAGCAUAGAUUUUGUUGAUGCUGCCAUUGUUUUUGGUGGACUUGUUGCCUUUCAUAUUCUUGUGUUUCUUUUCACGGCUUGGUCUGUUGAUUUUAGAGGCUUUGCCCACUUUAGUAAGGUUAAUGAUAUCCACCUUGCUGAUGCAUGCAAAAUAACUCCAGCAAAGUUUUGUGGUUCAAAAGAAAUUUUGCCACUUCAGUUUCGUAAACAAGUGACAGGUUCUUCAACCUCAGUGUACUUGGAGGAAAUUUGCUUUGAUUUUAGAAAGCAACACUUCAUUUUUUCUAAGGAAAAGGAAAACUUUAUCAAGCUUCCUUACCCAACUAAGGAAACAUUUGGAUAUUAUCUCAAAUGUACAGGUCAUGGCUCUGAAGCUAAGGUUACUGGUGCUAUGGAAAAAUGGGGUCGGAAUGGGCUAGAGGAUCCCACUAGGAGCAAGUAUAAGGUUUUCCUAAACUGUUCGCUUAAUAUUACUUCUGUAAUCCCUCCUGAGCUACCUGUGGAAUUAUCAAUAGCUGUUAAUACAUCACUGAUUGCACUGGCACGUCGUGGAAUAUUUUGCACGGAACCUUUUCGAAUUCCAUUUACUGAAAAGGUUGACAUAUGUUGUUUUGAUAAAACUGGAACACUUACAUCAGAUGACAUGGAGUUCUCUGGGGUUGGAUUGCCUGGCAAUACUGAGUUGGAAGCUGAUAUGACUAAAGUUCCUGCCCGCACACUGGAGAUUCUGGCUUCUUGUCAUGCAUUGGUGUUUGUUGACAACAAGCUGGUUGGUGAUCCUCUGGAGAAGGCUGUGCUUAAAGGUAUUGAUUGGAGUUAUAAAUCAGAUGAGAAGGCCUUGCCAAAAAAGGGAGUCAGUCAUACUGUCCAGAUUGUUCACAGACACCAUUUUGCAUCCCGCUUAAAAUGAAUGGCAGUUGUUGUUCGCAUUCAGGAGGAGUUUUUCGCUUUCGUGAAGGGUGUUCCUGAAACUAUCCAGGGUAGACUCACAGAUUUGCCACCUUCGUAUAUUGAAACCUACGAGAAAUAUACAUGUCAGGGGUCUCGUGUCCUGGCCCUUGCUUUUAAGUCCCUUCCAGACAUGUCAGUUAGUGAAGCAAGAAGCUUGGAUAGAGAUUUAGUGGAGAGUGGCCUUACUUUUGCUGGUUUUGCGGUAUUUAAUUGCCCUAUUAGAGCAGAUUUGGCCACCAUUUUGUCUUAAUUAAAGAAUUCGUCCGAUGACUUGGCGAUGAUCACUGGUGACCAAGCAUUGACAGCUUGCUAUGUUGCUAGCCAAGUACAUAUUGUUUCAAAGCCAGCACUAAUUCUUAGUCCCUCGAAGAAUGUAAGAGGAUAUGAAUGGAUAUCGUCUGAUGAAACAGAGAUUAUUCCAUACAGUGAGAAAGAGGUUGAAGCUUUAUCAGAGACUCAUGAUCUCUGUGUUGGAAGUGACUGCAUUGAAAUGUUACAACAGACAUCUGCUGUUCUACGAGUCAUUCCUUAUGUGAAGGUUUUUGCAAGAGUUGCUCCUGAGCAAAAAGAAUUAGUCAUGACUACUUUUAAAACAGUGGGAAGGAUGACACUGAUGUGUGGGGAUGGUACUAAUGAUGUUGGAGCUCUGAAGCAGGCACACAUAGGGGUUGCUUAGUUGAAUGCGGUGCCUCCAACUCAAAACAAAGCCUCAUCAUCAGAAACAUCUAAAGAUGAAAACACAAAGUCAGGUAAAUCAAAGAAAUCUAAGUCUGCAUCAGAAGCUGCUGGCAAACCUAUCAGUCAGAAUGGAGAAGGCUCUUCUGCCAGCCACACCACAGGUAACCGCUAUCAGGCGGCUGUUGAGAUGCAACGACAGAAGCUGAUGGAUGAGAUGAAUGAGGAGGGUGAUGGUCGUUCUGCACCAAUUGUCAAGCUUGUGGAUGCCUCUAUGGCGCCAUCAUUUACAGCAAAGCAUGCAUCAGUUGCUCCAACAACAGACAUAAUUCGUCAGGGACGUAAUACUCUUGUGACAACCCUUCAGAUGUUCAAAACUGGCCUAAAUUGCCUUGCUACAGCAUAUGUAUUGAGUGUUAUGUAUUUGGAUGGUGUCAAGCUCGGUGAUGUCCAGGCUACAAUCAGUGGUGUCUUUACAGGUGCCUUUUUCCUAUUCAUUUCACAUGCCGCCCCUCUUUUUACUCUGUCAACUGCACGACCCCAUCCUAAUAUUUUCUGCCUAUAUGUCUUUUUUUCUCUCAUGGGACAGUUUGCAAUUCACUUGCUUUUCCUGAUGUCUUCUGUGAAAGAGGCUGAGAAGUACAUGCCGGAUGAAUGCAUUGAACCAGACUCAGAUUUUCAUCCCAAUCUUGUGAAUACAGUUUCAUACAUGGUGAGCAUGAUGCUCCAGGUGGCCACCUUUGCUGUAAACUACAUGGGCCGUCCUUUCAACCGGAGCAUCUCUGAAAACAAACCAUUUUUGUACGCUCUGAUUGCUUCCGUUGGUUUCUUCACAGUCAUUACGUCUGAUCUAUUUAGGGACCUAAAUGACUGGUUGAAGUUGGUGCCUUUGCCACGGGGAUUAAGGGAUAAACUUUUGAUUUGGGCUUCUCUCAUGUUUUUGAGCUGUUAUUCAUGGGAGAAAUUUUUGAGGAGGGCAUUCCCAGGUAGAGUUGCAGAUUGGAAGAAACGACAAAGUGUGGUUGCAGCAAAUUCGGAUAAGAAGCAUGUUUGA